UAUCUCGAAAACACCAUUCCUCGACCACCUUUGUUUAAUGUUCGAUCAAAACAAAAACCUUAUAAAAACACCCCUUGCAAUAAAUAUGCAACUUUCUUUAUUCAAAAGAAAACGGUCUUCCAACAAAUCCAUCAUUUUGUUUUUCUUAAUCUCUACUUCUACAACUCAACAACAAUCGAAAGCUUCACUUCAACCUCUUUCAACCACACCAAUUUAUGUUCACCAUUUAUACAACAAUAUAACAUAUAUAUAAUAUAUAUAUAUGUUCAACACCAUGGCGAAAAACCGCAACGGAUUCUAUGUGAAGAUGAAGUUUUUCCCAACCAAAAACCCGAAACCAGAAAAAGCGAAACCCUUUUUUGUCAAACACUUCAAGUGGAUUUUAUGGUUCUCGUUAUCUUUUUAUUUUUUCGCUAAGUUUUUAAAUAGUCAUGAAACCGGUACCAGUAUUAUCAAAACCAUUAAAACCACCACGAUCAUAAACCACUCGCAUCGCGCUCUUUCUGAGUCAAAAGUUGACAAUGGUUUAUUGAACGGUUUAAAGGUGUAUGUGUAUGAGCUGCCGUCGAGAUAUAAUAGCGACUGGCUAUCGAACGCGCGGUGUAGGAACCAUUUGUUUGCUUCAGAGGUUGCGGUUCAUAGAGCGUUGGUGAACAGCGAUUUUCGGACGUUUGAUCCUACGGAUGCUGACUUUUUCUUUGUUCCGGUUUAUGUUUCUUGUAAUUUUAGCACGGUUAAUGGCUUUCCGGCUAUUGGACAUGCUCGCACGUUGUUGUCGUCAGCCGUUGAGUUUAUCUCGACCGAGUUACCGUUUUGGAAUCGGAGUAACGGGUCGGAUCAUGUGUUUGUUGCUUCUCAUGACUAUGGAGCUUGUUUUCACGCUAUGGAGGAUCGAGCUAUGGCGGAUGGGAUACCGGAGUUCAUGAAGAAUUCCAUUAUAUUACAAACGUUCGGUGUUAAAUAUCCACACCCGUGUCAAGAUGUCGAGCAUAUCGUUAUUCCGCCGUACAUUCCACCGGAAAGCGUUAAGUCAACGCUGUCAAAGUCGCCGAUUGAUGGUCAACGGGAUAUUUUCGUGUUUUUCCGAGGGAAAAUGGAGGUUCACCCGAAGAACGUUAGCGGACGCUUCUAUAGCAAGCGUGUGAGGACGGAGAUAUUGCGAAAGUAUGGAAAUGACCGUAGGUUUUACUUGAAGAGACAUCGGUUUGCGGGUUACCAAUCAGAAAUCGUUCGAUCGGUGUUUUGUUUGUGUCCAUUAGGUUGGGCACCAUGGAGUCCGAGGCUAGUGGAAUCGGUGGCGUUAGGUUGCGUGCCGGUUAUUAUAGCGGACGGUAUUCAAUUACCAUUCGAGUCCACAAUACCGUGGUCGGAGAUUUCUCUUACGGUUAGGGAGAAUGACGUGGCAAAACUCGGCAGCAUGCUUGAUGAUGUGGCGACGACAAACCUAUCCGUGAUUCAACGGAACUUGUGGGACCACAAACUCCGGCAAGCGGUUUUGUUUCAUGAUGACAUGGAAACUGGUGAUGCUACAUGGGAAGUGCUUGUUUCGUUGUCUAAGAAACUCGGUAGAUCUCGUCGAAGGUCAAGGGUUUUUAGCGAAUGAGCGGUUUACACGUGGCGAAUUUUAAUUGGAAAUGGUGUAUAUGACAUUGGCUUGUGGGACCCUUUGGCUGAUUUGGCAAGUGGUGAUAGGUUUGUUGAUACUUCUGUGGGACCCAUGAGUUGUGGAAUACGUUAUUGACUUUGGUGGGAUAAAAGAUGGAAUGGUCCUCGCGGUUCAUAGUGUAGACAUGCUUGUCAUGAGACUAUGAGAGAUUAGAUAGGGGUAUUUUGUUGCACUUUGGCACUAUUUGGUAUGAUAUAAACACACACAUUUGGCCCUUGUAAAAUAUAAUUUAUUCUCUUGUAAAAAAUAAAUAAUAUUUUAAACUUUUGAUA